GAAGAUUGGUCUGUGUCUGGAACUCCGUUGCACGAUUCACCCGCUGCACAAAACGAGCCGGUUUCUUCGGAUUCUCACUCGCGAGCAUUGCGUUUGAUGGUUCGCCUUGGACAGCCUUUUAGUGCAUUUUUGCUAGCGCGGCAGCGUGACGGAGAAUUCAAGAGGAUCGCGUCGGAUCAUGAUAUCAUUGCAAGGGUUAAAGACACGACUUCUGUUGACAACAUGAUGGACAUCAGGACACUAGAGAUAAUGUAGCUGUAGGGAGUUGUUUUUAAA